AUGAAUACUAGAAAUUCCCAAAUAAAAGGCUCCACAUUCAAUCAAAUUUCCCAAUUAGUGGAAGAACAAUGUCAACAAAUAGAAGAAUGGAACAAUUCUAAAUUUGAUGAAGAUAAAAUACCCCUUGGAAUACAAGAAUUAAUUAAUCAAACAGUUCAUAAAGCCUUUAAUGAUAAAGUAAAUCGAGUUACGAAAGAUAUUCUCAUCACCAGAAUAUAUGAAUUAGAAAUUGCUUGGAAAAUACAACGAUUGAAAGAUGUCGCACGAUUCAUCGGAGAUAUACCGAAAUACUCCGUAGGGACAGAAAUUAAUAAGAAAUUAGAUACCCAAGAAUCGCUCGUUAGUCAAGGUGGGGUCAGUUUGACAAACUUGAUUGAUGAUAUAUAUAAGCUACCUGUCAUUGUUAGACGAGCUACAAUAGAGACGACUAAUGAUGCGGAAGAUAACGAGCAUCAUCUUUUAGAAGAAUACAACAAUGUUAGAACAUCUCUCAUAAAACAAUGUAUAUUGAUUGAAGUAAAUGAGGAGAAAUUAAAAAAUACAAAAGACAUCUCAAAUAAGGUAAAAUCCUUAGAGAGUGCGAUAAAGGAAACUUAUGGUCGUGAUUGCGAUUUAAAAGAAUAUUUACCAAAAUUUUUUCAAACAUUACAUGAGAGUCUCGAUGAAAUGAGAGAUUCAUUAGAACAAUUGGUUAAAUCAACCAAUACAUCUCCUGAAAAGAGGCAACAUAUUGAAAAGAUCCUUGCUGAGUUUAAUAACCAAUGA